CAUCCACCAAUCAUUUUAUCAAUACAUGUGAAUGUUUUAUUAAGAUGGACUUCAAUAAUCUGAAUGUAUCAUUUAAGCCUUUUGAUAGACGCACAUUUGAGCAACAGUAUAAAUACCAGUAAUAAAAACUUUUCACAGCAGCAUUUUGACUUGUCAUAGCAGGAAAAGCACAGGUGGAAGUGAAAACAUCAACAAUGGCUCAGUUCAAUUCAAGUUUCCAAGGAAGUCAUACUGGUGAACCAUCAUGCACUAAACUAAUGUAGUGAAUUACCAAAACUAAAUGGGAUUCAGUCAUAAUUUAUGUUAUUAAUUGCACCUGUGCUUUUCCUGCUGCUGCUCAAAAUGUCUGCUGCUGUGAAAAAGGUCAGUUUCUCUGUGUCAAUAAGCCUCUGUGAUUUGUGAUCUGUGAUCUCUGUGAUCCAUGUUGAUCUUGACGUCCACAUGACAAUUUAUAUCAUCAUAGUUUGGGAACUGAUGGAUUGUUACUUGAAGACCUACUUAAUGUUUUAUGUUGAGAAGCAAAGAAAGUAACUAAAGACAUUUACUCAAAUACUGUACUUUAGUACAGGUGAGGUACUACUUUAAUUCUGUGAGGCUUUCUAAGUUUUUCCACCGUGUUUUACUUUACAUCAGCAUUUAAACUUCUACAUAAAGUAGUAAGACUCUGUUGUCACAAUAACUGAAACAGUGUAGAUCAACUUCUGUACACAUUACUGCCAAUACUUGAUGUUUACUUGUAUUCAGAUAAAUCUUUAAAUGAAGAGUUUUUACUGCUUUUUCACAGCAGACAUUUUGACAUGUCACAAUAUGAAAAACAUUUAUUAACUUCAUGAUGGUUGUCACGGUUACUGGGACACUUGAAUAGAAAGGAGUCAUUGUUAAAAUUAUUAGUAACACUUGUGCUUUUCCCACUAUGACAACUCAAAAUGUCUGCUGUGAAAAAGGUCUUAUGGAAGAUUUUUUGACAGCGUUGCUUCUUUUACUCAAGUAAAUGAUUCUUCCUCGACUGUUGAGAAGGAAACUAUUUUACAAACAGGUACAGAUAAUCCCUGCAUGCUUUUUGUCCUAAAUUGAAGUACUUGAUAAAUGGCACUGGGUGUCGCUCCAGAGUGUCUAAUAUCGCUCCUGUACGCUUAUUUCACAACUAUCACCCCCUUCUGCCUUGUGCUGUGUGUGUGCGUGUGUGUUGUGUGUCGGAUAGAAAGUCAGCCUGGUUUCCAGCUGAGUGCUUGCUCUCUCACAGUGUGUGUGUGUGUUGUCAUUAUUAUCCACUCUGCUCCCAGCUCAGAAUGGCCAGAUUCACGCAGACUGAAACAAGAAGGCAGCAGCAUCCACAGCAGCCCCAACCCGCUCACUCCAGCCUGGUUUUCACCGGACCGGGGGCACCACCGAGCCAACAACCACUUCUACUUAUCCCACAUCAGCGCCAGUACCCUCAGAUCACAUUUCCGAAACCCAUGAACGGGUCAGAACCCAUUUCAAUUCAUCCGGAGAGCGGCAACAUGAAAGACCAAGAUGCCAUUAAGCUGUUUAUCGGGCAGAUACCGCGGAACUUGGAAGAAAAAGACCUGAAACCCCUGUUUGAACAGUUUGGUAAAAUCCACGAACUGACAGUUCUCAAGGACCGAUACACCGGCAUGCACAAAGGUUGUGCAUUCCUCACCUACUGCGCCCGAGAGUCGGCCAUCAAAGCCCAGAACGCCCUCCAUGAACAGAAAACACUGCCAGGGAUGACUCGCCCCAUCCAGGUGAAACCAGCUGACAGCGAGAGUCGUGGAGAAGACAGGAAGUUGUUUGUCGGGAUGCUGAACAAACAACAGACUGAGGAGGAUGUUUACCGCCUCUUCGAGCCCUAUGGAGUCAUCGAGGAGUGCACGGUCCUAAGAGGUCCUGACGGCAACAGCAAAGGUUGUGCCUUCGUCAAGUUCUCCACACAUACUGAGGCUCAGUCUGCAAUCAGUGCCCUACACGGAAGCCAGACCAUGCCAGGUGCUUCCUCCAGCUUGGUGGUCAAGUUUGCCGACACAGACAAGGAGCGCACCAUCAGACGUAUGCAGCAGAUGGUUGGCCAGUUUGGUAUCUUCAAUCCAGCCAUCGCCCUUCCCUUCAGCACCUACAGCUCUUACGCACAUGCGCUCAUGCAGCAGCAGGCAGCCAUCAUGGCAGCAAGCCACGGAGGUUACCUCACGCCUAGCGUGGCUUUCCCCGCCACGCAGAUCCACCAGAUGGGGGCGCUCAACAUCAACAACCUCCCACCCACCCCCAUGACCCCGGUGUCGGGUGAGUUUCAUCAAACCCUGGCAGGCCUCAGUUCUCCACCAGCCAACAUCACCACCUCUGCCGUGCCCAGCAUCGUCACGCCCAUCGUCAACGGAUUCACCGGCAUCCCUCAUCAGCCCAACGGACACCCUGCCGUGGAGACCGUGUACACCAACGGCCUGCCGCCCUACUCCACCCAGAGCCCCACCGCUGCUGACACCCUCCAGCAAGCCUUCACCGGGGUACAGCAAUACACAGCGAUCUACCCCGCCACCACGCUGACUCCCAUUGGCCAGACACUGCCCCAACCACCCCAGGUCAUCCAGCAGCAGCAGCAGAGAGAAGGUGAGGGUCCGGAGGGUUGUAACCUAUUCAUCUACCACCUGCCACAGGAGUUUGGAGACAAUGAACUCAUGCAGAUGUUUCUGCCCUUCGGCACCGUCAUCUCCUCUAAAGUCUUCAUGGACCGGGCAACCAACCAGAGCAAGUGCUUCGGUUUUGUGAGCUUCGACAACCCUGCUAGUGCACAGGCAGCUAUUCAAGCCAUGAAUGGCUUUCAGAUUGGGAUGAAGAGGUUGAAAGUCCAGCUAAAGAGACCGAAGGAUGCCAGCCGCCCUUACUGACACAGCCUACCUUUAGUAUUCAUUGCAGCAGCACAGGUUUUAGAGGACACGUGAAGAUAUCUCGGAGGAGUUAAACUUUUUUUCUUUGAAAGCAAAAUAUGUUUUAAAAAAAUCAACACAUAAGGAAUUUUUGAAGACAUAUCAGCAUUUACUUAUGAAGAUAUAGGUUACGGCAGAAAAAGAAGAUGCGAAAGAGGAGGCACUUCACCGUGGGGACUUAACAGUAACAGAUGGCACAGUGCAAGAAAGACGGGAAGAAAAAAAAAACUGAAAAAAGAUGAGACUGAACAACAGAACUUUUCUUGUUGAGACUUGAAUUGUUAAUUAAGCAACAAACUAACAAACAAAAAAGCAGCAACAACAAAUAGAUUUCUAUAUACAUAUUAUAUACACAUAUAUAUAAGGAAAGAGGCGCUUGUGGCUUUUACUGUACUGGACAAAUGAGGGUUAAAACUUGAAGAUCAAGAAAAACAGUGGAAAAAAAGAAGCUAUUCUAUAUGUCCACUGACAGACUUUCUUUCUCUUUCCCUCUUUCUCUUAUUCUCUCACCGUCUCAGCAAGCGCAGAACUAUGACUCUUGGAGGUCACUGAGGUUUCCAUUAGCAACAGUAGAACUGCAAAUCUUUCACCCCUAAGGGACCAAAGGACCAAACAUUUUUAUUGUUCUGAACAGUAAUAUAUAGUAUUAAUGAUACUAAUACUACAAACUACUACUAAUAAUAUUACAAUGUUAAACUUAAGAAGAAAUACUAGCUUCAGGUUGAAAAAAAGAGGAAAGGGGUUUUGGUUUCUUUUCCUUUUACAUUUAUAGCUACUGGGUUUUGAGAAUAUUAAAACAAAACAGGAAAAAAAAAUGUAUAAAAAAUAAAGCUAUACUAUUUUAGUGGCGUAGAAUAUGUGGGUUAGACAUUGUUCCGGGCAUGUUCAGAUAUGUUCUUUUGCCACUCAUUACUUCAUCUGCUUCACAGCAUUUCAUCUCGGAGGUGUGAUCUGUUUGUGUUAUUGUGUCGGAAGAAGAAGAAGAAAACAGUCCUGUGGUGCCAAAAUGUGAAACAAUAACCGCCUCUCAGAGCACAGACCUACAGUGUAUUUAGCCAUGUGACACUGCUGUCUGUUCUUUGCGUCGGCUAUGGCGGCACGUCGCUAUGCCGUAAUUGAUAGUCAUUCUGAUCUACGCCAGAAAGAGUCAUUCCAUGUCAUCAUUAAAGCCGAGAUAUUACAGAUAAUCUGACCAUAAAGCACUGUGGUAAAAGUGCCACCCGGCUGAGCUGGAUACGCAGCAGUAAAACAGCACAGCAUCUCUAACUGCUUAAUAAAAUAUACAAAUGAGCUUGACAGCAGUUGUAAAAGUUUCCAUCGGCGUGUCACAGUGGCCCCUGCCGGGUCGUGCCCUCUCCCACUGCCAAGCUUCUCCAGCUGCUCUCAGCAGGCGAGAGCAGACUCCCCUCCUCUUCUCUCCACCCCUCUCUCUCCUCACCUCAAGUGCCAGCAUAUCUCUCUCUUAAUAGGGACCAUCAGUUCACGGGGGCCGAGUGCUAACCCACAGCAUAAUUAGGAUAAUGAUAAUAUUGAUCAGAUGGGGAGCGGCACCGCAGGGCAAGAGAUGCACAAUCAAUUACACAUUGGCAUUUUGAAUGAAUUGACUGAGUGACAGAGUUCAUUUUUCUCUCAGUGGUUGGAUGGCAGGGAGAUGCAGCACUGUCUGUCUGUCUUUUACUACCAUCCGUAGUGUCAGAAGUUAUCUCAAAUCUUGACAGAGGCAGCACGUCCUGUGGGACACUUAAAUAUAUGUCAUUAUUGGAAAGAAACUAAAAGGCUGAGAGGUUUUACGUGGCUGUGACAGGAUCUGUGUUUGGUGUUUAGAGUAGAUUGUAUGAGUUCUUCAGUGAAGAGCAGCUGUAUUUUUUUUUUUUUUUCCAAAGGGUAUAAUAGCACAGUAUGAGCUUGUACACGGUGAGGAACAACCUGGCAUUACCAGCCUUAGGAGGUCAAAUUAAGAGCAAAAUGAUCCAUCAAUUAGACAGCAGCAGGCCUGUAAGUGUAGCUGCUACAGCUGCUGCUGCUUCAACAAGAAGACAGCUUACCAUUAGCGCCGGUCACACAUGGCUCCUAUACAGUGUGGUCACGACACAUCUCGCCGUAUCAGAUAUGACUAAUUAACUAAAACUUGCAUCAUCCAUGCUGAUGCUUUCACAGAGGCACAUAGACACACGCGCAGUACAUCCGAGAUGAAAUCUGUUUUUCAUUAAUCCUUUGCUUUCACUGAAUCGCCUUUUUUUUUUUUUAAGUCUCAGCUUUGUUCCAUUAACAUCCACUCUUUUUCAUUUUAAAAUUCUUCCAGCAUGCCAUUCAUUUACUCAGUUUCUGAAGCAGCUUGCCUCUCGGGACUCUGUAAAAACCUCAGUGCUCCGAUCAUCACUGUAAACUUUAGACACAUCAGUGCUUCAGUCAUCGAAUCACAAUGCCGUCUUCUGAAAAUAUGACUUCUACACUUCUGUAGUCCGGUACGAGAAAUGUCAUCACCAGAAUGGCUUCCCAGGUCCUGAUGCCUUCACUGAAUCUACUGUAAAUCCUGUAUCAGUAUUAUUAGAAAGGAGAUGUAAGUUUCAGUUGACCCACAUUCACUGUAUAUUGUUCUGUUGCAGAAAUGUUGAGGAGACAUGUUUAAGAAUGCCUUUUUUCAUCAUGAAUUGCCAAAUUUAUGCAAGCAUAUCCACUGCAUUUCCUCAUCAGACUUUACAGACAUGUGCCGGAUUCCUUGAAAAGUGUAGUGGCUUAAGAAGAUUUCUUAUGAACAGGCCUAUGCUAAUUUUCAGGAUAUAUUUAUUAGUAGAAUGAAGUAUUUGGUUUUGUGAUAUAGUACAACCUUUUAGGGGGAGGGUCAGACCAGCCUGUAAUGAUAUACAAUAGGAUUUUUCCACCCAGCAGCUUUAGGAAGCCGUGAUAUAUGCCCUCCUUUCCCCCGGCCAUACAGGGCCUUAUAAACCCGCUCAAAAAAUCUUUUCUCAUGGGAUUUCAACUGGAGAGUUUUUUGAAUUAUUAAAAUCAAAUUAAAUUUGGCCUUCACAACAGCUUGGGUAACGCAAAUUAAAGAUGCCAGCUGUGGCUGAAACGUAAUGAGUUCGAAAAGAUGUUGAGUUAAUUUCAUUCUGCCAAAAUUUGAUUAAACACAAUUAACACUGUGAAGUGAAGUUUUGUGGAGGGAGACUGUUUCCAACCCGAAUGACUUGCAGUUGUGUAUGUUGUACAUACAGUAGGCCUUUAUAUACAUAUCGACUGUGAAAUUCAGAGAAGGGAAGAGCGAGCAAUGAAAUGAAUGAAAUUCAAGAAAACAGUCUUGUUGUUUUCGUAAUCAACAUAGUUGAAUGACCAGAAAAUCCACUUUUGACAAGGUUUUUAAAAAAAGAAAGGAAAUUCCCGUUCUAAUGAAGCUGCAUGUGGUUGAGCUAAAGUUGAUCUUUUUACAUUGUUUUCACUCUUGCAUCCAUUUUUGUCUUUUUUUUUAUGUUUGUCAUCCUACCAUGGUGCCCUUUCAAUCUCUGAGCAUGCUCAACGGGGGCUGGGAGGGUUAAAGAUUAUGAAUAUGGUACUACUCGUAUUAACAAUAUGAUUCUUUAACUAUGGUUUGAAUGCUAAGGAUAGUAACUUAUUAUAAAUAUGAAAUCUGUAUAUUAUGGAAAGUCAGCACAGGACCUUUCUUUGGGUACAUAUAGGUUAGGGUUUGUAAUGGGGGUGGGGUUUGGGGAGGGAGAGGGUUUUCGCUUUAUAAAGAUGUUUAAAUUUCUGGUUUUCUCAGCACAAAGCAAACAAAAACAUAUAAACAACAGUACAGAGUCUGUGAAGUAGACUUUACUGACAUACAGGGCGCAAAAGAGGAAUCUCAGUACUAUUCUUUAAACCUGGAGGAGAAAAUGCUGUUUACAGGUUGUUUUUCUUUCUUUUAUUUUUUUUUUUAAAAAGGAGAGCGCCACCUGUUUUUGUGGCAGCGUCAGUACAGCAUGGAUUAACUAACAGGGAAAGCAGUAUCUUUUUAUUAAAAAAGAAAAAACUAAAAAAAAAAAGACUAAGUGUUCUGUAUUAGCCUGAGAAACCAAACAUUUUUCCCCUGUUGAAAUUUCUUAAUACUUGCUGCUUAGAUUACUUCAUAUUAAUGACUGAUGAUUUAAUAAUUUUAUAAUUAUCGGGUC